AUGAUCUCAGUGGAGGGGGACUUAGGAUCCCAUCAGCUGCACCGACUAGUGGAUCUGCUGACAGUUCAUGAGUGUGAAGAGCUUCUCAUGACCCUCUCCAACCCAGAAGAACACAUCUUCAAUCAGCUCAAUCGCUUGUCUGAAGAGACUAACCAAUUCAAACUGCCAUCCCGCACACCAAGAGAUACAGAUAAAGAGUCCCACUGUUAUCCAGCUCUGAUAGACUGGCUCAAGACUCAUGGUGAACAGAUGUACUAUGAUAGACUUUCUCGCACUCUACAACAGAUCGGAAGGACAGACAUUGCAAUAGAGAUGGGAAAGAAUCUUAACCAGGACAAGACUCUGGCUAUGCAGCGCUAUGUUGAGAAAUACCAUGAGCAGGUCAACAAAAUGGCAUCCCAUUUAACAUGCUCCCAAGCUGAGGAAACAAGUCACAAAGAAACACAUCAUUCUGCAAAACAAGUGAGGAGCUUGUCCUGGAAGGAUUUGGACCUGGUGGUGGAGCGGCGACCAAUGCCACCCUAUCAGCGCCAUAUGCUAGAUGGUGCAUGGCCUCUGUUCCAUGGUCUUAUACUAGGAGUUGGUGGUGCACUGCUCGUAGGCAUACCUUUAUUGCUCUUUAUCUUACGUCUAUCACUAUGUGAUCUCUCUGGUCAAUCCUGAUCUAAUAAUAGUCCCAGUACCACCAACACCACAUACACCAUUGUUCCUUUCACCUUGGUGUUGUGCUAGAUUUAGAGAAGAUUCCACUGAAACCAGAGAACUGAAAAAGCAGAAGCUACAAGAUGCUUUUUUGUGACAAUAUUUCCUUCAAAUUAAUCAUAAACAAUGUUGGGCUUUAAUUGAUUUUACCAUUAUAUUUUGUUUUCCUGUAGAGUCUCAGGGCAACAAGACAUAGAAGGCUAAAAUGGUCAUAAUAUACUUACUCUGUA